CGCCGGAAGCGGCCGAGCGACGAGGGGACGUCGCGUCGCCGGGUCUCGAGCAGCUGCCGCGGAGCCGCCGGACGGACCGCCGGACCUGCCUGCCCGCCAUGGCCGAGAGCGACUGGGACACGGUGACGGUGCUGCGCAAGAAGGGCCCCACGGCCGCCCAGGCCAAGUCCAAGCAGGCUAUCCUAGCAGCUCAGAGACGGGGAGAAGAUGUGGAGACUUCCAAGAAGUGGGCCGCCGGCCAGAACAAACAGCAUUCGAUCACCAAGAACACGGCCAAGCUGGACCGGGAGACUGAGGAGCUGCACCACGACCGAGUGACCCUGGAGGUGGGCAAGGUGAUCCAGCAAGGCCGGCAGAGCAAGGGGCUGACUCAGAAGGACUUGGCCACGAAAAUCAACGAAAAGCCACAAGUCAUCGCGGACUAUGAGAGCGGACGGGCCAUUCCUAAUAAUCAGGUUCUGGGCAAGAUCGAGAGAGCUAUCGGCCUGAAGCUCCGGGGGAAGGAUAUCGGGAAGCCGAUUGAGAAGGGGCCCAGGGCGAAAUGAACACAAAGCCUCGAAAUCAGUGCGUUCCGGCUGAUCUCGCCUGGCUGGUUCCCCUUGACCACCGGUGCCAGCGUGGUCUCUUCACGUGGCCGAGCGGAACGCGGGGCGUCAGCCCUGCCCGGGAACCCCCUCUACCCUGCUGUCAAACAAAACCUUGCAAAGUAUUGCUUCUCCUGAUUUUUUUUUUCCUUCCCAUCCCUGGUGUCUGCCCAGCCUCGGGGCGGCUCCCCGGGGAGCUCUGAGCGGGACCACCUCACGCUGGCGGGGCUGUGGGGUGGGGUGGCCUGACCCAGAAGAGAAGAUGUCUUCUCCAGUCGGCUUUUAGAGAAGCUAAUAAACGUGUUGCCCUUCC